AUGGCAUUAGAGAAUAUAGAAAACAAAAGAGUUAAUACCAAUUCAUUAAAAUCACCAAAAAGAAGCACCAGAAUCAUUAGUGAAUCAACAGGUUUAGCUAAAUUCAAUAUAACAAGGAAAAUUCAAGAACGAGAAGCAUCAAAUGAAAAAUUCCAUGAAUUAGAAUCAAAAGUUCAAGAUAAUACUGAUGAAUUGAAGAUCAAAACCCAUCAUGGAUUAAAAUUAUCAGUAUCACCAUCAAGAUCACCAUCAUCAAUUCCAAAAGAUUCAAAUAUUGGCAUGAUUAAUGAUCAAUUAAUGCUUGAGUUAGCUUCAAAGCAAAGAGAAGUUUUAGAAUUGAAGAACCAAAUGGAUCAAUUAAAGAAGAAACUAUCAAUUUCUGAGAAAGAAUUAUGGGAAAUUGAAAAAAAAUGUAAUAGAUCCACUGCAUCAACAUUACCUCCUGCUUUAUCACCAAUUAAUAAGAAAAGAACCCCUCCAAUACGAUCAACACCAAUGAAAACAAUGGAAAAUGGUAAUACAUUCACCAAUAAUCUAAAGAAGAAAAUAUCAAUUAAUCAAUUAAAUACAAAACAAUCAUUAUCAACAUUACAAAAAAAUUUCCAAAAAGAUUCAUCAAUUUUUUGGGAAAGAUCAAUUAAUGCAAUCAAUUCAUUGAAAACAGAUUUUAUUAAAGAAAUAAAUAAUGAGAAAGAAUACAAGUGA